CUAUAUAUUGAUUGAUUGAUGAAAUAACACUUAGAAAUAAAGGGAAUAAAGAAAAAGAAAAGGAGUUAUGGGAGUUGAUAAUAAAGUGUUGAAAACAUAUGAUGAAGUUUCAUUGCAUAAUAAUCCUAAAGAUUGUUGGGUUAUCAUAAAUGCUAAGGCAUACAAUGUGACAAACUUCCUAAAUGAUCAUCCUGGUGGUGAAGAAGUCUUGUUGGCAGCAGCAGGCAAGGAUGCAAGUGAAGAGUUUGAAGAAGCAGGACAUGGGAGUGCAUCAAGAUUGAUGCUAGAUGAAUUCUAUGUGGGAGAAAUUGAUCCUUCUACAAAAAAUAAUGCCACUUUGGAGACCACUUCAUCAACAAAUUUUCUUAAAAAACACAACAAAAUUGAUUAUUAUCAAGGCAAGUCAUCUUGGCAAAAUAAUGUAAAACUUCUUCAAUUUUUGGUGCCAAUUGUAAUCUUGUUAUUUGGAAGUACUUUAUUUAAGUUCUUGUAUUGAAAGUAUGGGGGGGGGGGGGGG